UUGGCACAUCAAAGCCGGAAAUUUCUAUCCUGCUUGAAUCUGCCAGGAUCAGACAACAUGCCCUGCCCAUUCUUAACCCGUCUCUCUAGCACAUAUGUGCGCAACUAUGGAUCUACCCUGCUCAAGACAUAUGGACAGCAUUGCCCAGUUGUUUCCCGACUUGCAAGUUCUGCGGCAUCCACUGAUUCCAGCUCUGCAAAGAAUGAGGAAGCUGCCAAUGCCUUGAAGAAAUGCCCAUUUCUUGCUGAAGUGACUCCUCUUGUGAAGGAGGCAGGAAAAGAAGAUGAUGUCUUUGAAUCUACUGCUAACCCUCACUCAGUGUGGGUUGUUAAGGAAGGAGAUCAGAGUGCACCUUCACUGGAAUCAAAGUCUGGAAUGCAGGAAGAAAAAGUGAACAGUAACAAAAGUGGGCAGUGCCCUGUCCGCCAUACCUCAGGUGGUGAAGAGGGAAAAUUCCAGUAUGAAGAGUUCUUUCAUGAACAAAUUAUGCGGAAGAAACAAGACCACUCUUAUCGAGUUUUUAAGAAAGUCAACAGACUUGCGACCGAAUUUCCCUCUGCUUUUGAGUACAGCUGGGGUGAGAAGCCCAUUACCGUUUGGUGCUCCAACGACUAUCUGGGAAUGAGCUGCCAUCCUGGGGUCAAAGCUGCUGUUGGAAAUGUUCUUGAGACUCAUGGUGCUGGUGCCGGUGGCACCCGUAACAUCUCUGGAAACUCUCUUUUCCACGAGGGCCUUGAAGACGAACUGGCAAGACUGCAUCAAAAAGAAGCAGCGUUACUAUUUACAUCCUGUUUUGUAGCCAACGAUUCAACUCUGUUUACACUUGCUCAAGCACUCCCAGGAUGUCAUAUUUUCUCGGAUGCAGGAAACCAUGCAUCCAUGAUUCAAGGGAUAAGAAACAGUCGUGUGCCCAAGCAUAUAUUUAAACACAAUGACGUGGCAGAUCUUGAGGCUAAGCUGUCAUCUGUUGACAAAAAUCUGCCAAAGAUUGUUGCAUUUGAAACUGUGCAUUCCAUGACGGGUGCUGUGUGCCCAUUAGAAGAAUUAUGUGAUGUAGCCCAUCGUUAUGGCGCUUUGACUUUUGUUGAUGAAGUCCACGCUGUUGGCUUGUAUGGGGAACAUGGAGCAGGCAUUGGUGAGAGAGAGAAUCAGCUCCACAACAUGGACAUCAUUUCUGGAACUCUGGGGAAAGCUUUUGGCAAUAUUGGAGGAUACAUUGCAGGAAGUUCUAACCUUGUAGACAUGAUUCGCAGUUAUGCUGCUGGUUUUAUUUUCACAACAUCCCUCCCACCACAUGUGCUUGCUGGUGCAAGGAAGGCAGUGCAAAUCUUAGCCUCAGAAGAAGGGCGGCAGUUGCGUGCUCAGCAUCAGGAAAUAGUUAGAUACCUCAGAUCUCAACUUCAAGCCAACGGAUUACCUGUUGAGCACACGCCAUCUCACAUUAUUCCUGUAAGAAUUGGUGAUCCUCUUCUUGGAACCAAGGUCUGUGAUGAAUUGCUCCGCAAUUUCGGACACUACAUUCAAGCAAUCAAUUACCCUACUGUGCCAAGAGGCCAGGAAAAGUUGAGAAUGGCUCCGACUCCUCACCAUACGAAACCUAUGGUUGACCGCUUGGUAACUGACAUGUUGUAUGUUUGGAAGAAUCUUGGCAUGCCGCUGUCAGAGAAUACCUGCCCCAAGUCUUGCACCUACUGUCAGAAGCCUCUUCUGUUCGAGCAUUUUGAAGCUCGUGUCCGCAAUUCCAACCAGAGCUGUGGACCCUCUUCUCACUGCGAGUUGCCGAAUUGUCCUCAAAUCCUAGCUGCAGCCAAUUGAUUCCAUGUUUUACUUGCCCUUGUGCCCUAACCCUGAGCGACAAUUAUUAUACUCAAAUUGCCGAAAUCAGGGUUCAGUUUUCUAUCUUCUUGACCUUUCACUUAUCUCUUUCUCAUUAACUUAAUCAUUUCACUCCUCCUGUUGACUUGUGGAGAAAGAUUGGCUAAAUCUAAGGAUCAAUGCACAUGUGACUUGUAUUUCAUUCAGUUUUAUUUCUAAAAAAACAAUUGUGAUUAUUUUUUUUUCUAGAUGCUUUACUAUUAUUUUUGUGUCAUGAAAUUGUAGAUUAGUCUGGAAUUAGGCUGGACCUACUUCCAGUAGAAGCAAUUAUGUUCAAGUGAGCUCAAUGAAGCACUAGUAUAGACCUACAAAAUUUAAGCCAUCCCUCAUAGUUCCCUCAGGAGAGUCAGGAUUAUCAUUGUUAAAGGCAAUAUACCUAAUAAUUUCCAUUUUAUGAAAAUGAACUCAGUUUGGACUGAAGCAACCUCCCCACAGUGAUGGAGUUUGUUUGUCAUUCCUACCUGAGAAUGUUUCAACUUCUCUUUUGGUGAUGGUCAUCUGGUUUUCCAGAGAAAUUCCAUUUUUGUAGUUUCAAUGGUUAAAUUUUGGGAGUGUCUCACUGCCAGUCAGCUAAAAUGCUGGCUAACAAGUUACCAUGAAAUAAAUCAACUCAUUACUAUGACUUGAAAAA